GACGCAAGCAAGGGCCCUUCAGCCAAGAGAAUCUAGCCGCGUCCCUUUCCUUUUGGUAGCGCGUGCCCUCACUAACUGCACGGUUUUCUUUGUUUUCAUCGAAAAGGUUCAAGAAAAUUACUUGCUAUUACAGAUAUAGUAUUGAUAUCUCUGUUUGGGUCGUUGUACGAUAGAUCAAGUAUUUCAACAAAGGUCUUUAACAAAUUUUUAUUCUGAAAUCAUUUGAGGGUGUAUUUAAAGAAAAAAAUUGCGCAUGCUUUGUUAAUUCUUAGAAAAAGAGUUUUAGCUCUCGUGAGGACUUGUGGUUGUGCAUCAAUUUAAUAUUUUCGGUGCAACUAUGGCUGACGAAAGUUCAAUUUUCAUUCCCAAAGGAGCUACUGAAGUGAAUCGGAUGAUUAGAGAGAACCGUCACAUCUUUACAGAUGGGCAAUGUAAAGUGUGUAAUGCAGUACUCAUCUCGGAGUCUCAGAAAAUUGCGCAUUAUGAGAGUAAGAAGCAUGCAAAUAAGUAUCGUCGAUACAUGUCAUUGCAAAGCUAUCCAAAAACAGAGGAUGCUGACUCACCUGUAACAAAGAAGGCAAAAAAUACCAACACUGGAAGCAGUAACGGAGAGGUGGAUAGGAACAAGUGCUGCCCGGUCUGUAAUAUGACGUUUUCAUCCCCAGUUGUGGCCGAAUCUCAUUACCAGGGAAAAGUCCACUACAAGAACCUCAAACUGAAAUAUCCUGAUUCAGCGAUAGAAGCACCGAGUGUCAAGACUCCUACCUCAGAUGUGACAGCGUCCAAUGAUCCAGAGAAAUACUGCAAGACUUGUAAGUCUUCAUUCAACAAUCCAUUGAUGGCAGAGCAGCACUAUGUUGGCAAAAAACAUAAGAAGCAGGAAAAUAAACAGAAGCUAACUGCGCAUUUUGGUCAAGGAACCUCUGAAACUACCAAGAAAACUGCUACAGAGACCUCUGAGACAUCUGCAAAAGGAUACCCGUGUGACUCAUGCCGUAUAGUACUGAACUCUGUCGAGCAGUAUCAGGCUCAUGUCAGUGGCGCCAAACACAAGAACCUUGUCAAAUCUGCUGGCAAAGCUUUAUAUAAAGAUGCGUGCAACAGUUACCUGUAUACGCAGGAAGAAAGAGUCGGUGGGGAUAUAGCGCUUACAGCCAGGAUUCUUAUUAUUAUUAAAAGAAAAAAAUGCCCAUAAGGCUAUCUGGAUUCUGAACUUAAUUUUUAAAAUUUUGCAUUCAUUAAUAUUUCAGUGCAUUCUAAAUGUGCAUUUUUCAUGUGUCAUUAUGGUCUACAGUUUGUCUCCACUUUGUUUUGGGAUGAGUGAAGUAUGUGUACUCAUUUCUUAUUACAGACUGCUUUGAUGUGCUGGAUGAACUAUAGUAGUCCUAUUCACAGUAAACCUUUUUACUUGUGCUGCAUUGUAAACAGGUGUUUUCAGCAACACAGUCUGAACUUGUACCCCUGAUUCAUUCCAUUUGUAGAGGUAUGAAAGUGUCUUUUUUGUAAAGAUAUGCUUGGUUAAUUUUAGUUUUAUUUUAAAGAUGUUCUUUGUUUUUAAUCAGUCAUUUAAUAUAGUAAAACCCUGUCAGCUUGGGAUAAGAAGUGUUAAGUUUCAUUGUGCUUCAUUGCAGAAUUGAAGUUGCUAGUUCAGUAGCAUCUUUUUUCUAGUUAGACACCUUUGCGGCACAGUAUUUUAAGGAACACUUGACUGUGUCCUCAUGUGGAUGUUAUGAUAAAAAGAAAUGCCCACCACUGCCAUCUGGGAGGUAUAGUUUAAAGACCAAACCUUGAAUAUCUGCUAGAGAUGCUGUAUACUUUGUGAAUCAGUGGUUUGGCUGUUUUGACAUCUGGAAUGUCCACAUCUGUGUGCAACUUGUGGGGUUGGGGGGUGGAGUAUUUGUAUCUUUCAUUAAAGCAUUGUGUUUGAGGAAA